UGCCGCUUCCCUCGGGGGACAGACCCAGAUCCUAGGUUCCCUCACUACCACUCCGGUCAUUGCCAACGCCAUUCCCAGCAUGCCGGGGAUCAGCAGUCAGAUCCUCACCAACGCUCAGGGACAGGUUAUUGGAGCCCUUCCGUGGGUAGUGAACUCGGCUAGCGUGGCAGCCCCAGCACCAGCCCAGAGCCUGCAGGUCCAGGCUGUGACGCCCCAGCUGUUGUUGAAUGCCCAGGGCCAGGUGAUUGCAACCCUGGCCAGCAGCCCCCUGCCUCCGCCCGUGGCUGUCCGGAAGGCAAGCACGCCUGAGUCCCCUGCUAAGAGUGAGGUACAGCCCAUCCAGCCCACGCCAGCCGUGCCCCAGCCUGCGGUGGUCAUCACCAGCCCAGCCCCAGCGGCCAAGCCAUCUGCCUCUGCUCCCAUUCCAAUCACCUGCUCUGAGACCCCUACUGUCAGCCAGUUGGUAUCCAAGCCACAUACCCCAAGUCUGGAUGAGGACGGAAUCAACUUGGAAGAGAUCCGGGAGUUUGCCAAGAACUUUAAGAUCCGACGGCUGUCCCUGGGCCUCACGCAGACUCAGGUGGGUCAGGCUCUGACUGCCACGGAAGGCCCAGCCUACAGCCAGUCAGCUAUCUGCAGGUUCGAGAAGCUGGACAUCACGCCCAAGAGUGCCCAGAAGCUGAAGCCAGUGCUGGAAAAGUGGCUGAAUGAAGCCGAACUCCGGAACCAGGAAGGGCAGCAGAACCUGAUGGAGUUUGUGGGAGGUGAGCCCUCCAAGAAACGCAAACGCCGCACCUCCUUCACCCCCCAGGCCAUAGAGGCCCUGAAUGCCUACUUCGAGAAGAACCCACUGCCCACGGGCCAGGAGAUCACCGAGAUUGCUAAGGAGCUCAACUAUGACCGGGAGGUGGUGCGGGUCUGGUUCUGCAAUCGGCGCCAGACGCUCAAGAACACCAGCAAGCUGAAUGUCUUUCAGAUCCCUUAGGGCUCAGCCCCCAGCCCUGCGUUCCAGCACUUUGUACUUCUCCCUUGGCACCUGGCUGCAGCCACCGCCGUGACAGCUCCUGUCACAGUGUGGCGUGCAGCUGUGCUCGUCCUGGGUCUCGAGACUCCACCGUGUGCAUGUGUGUCCGCUGCCUCCCUCCCUCCGCUCCUCCACGUAUCUCACAGCAUGGGGAGGGCAGAGGGGCCCACCGGAGAGCUGCAGGCUCGGGCCCGGGCUGGUCAUGCCGAGGGACCCCUCCCUCACUUAAAGAAGCACUUUGCUAAUGUGGUUUUCGAAGGGUGAAUUCUGGUUGGGAACCAGACACCCCCCCGUCCUUGGGGCAGGGCUACCACAGCCCCCGAAGGACCCCUGGCCAUUAGCUCUUGUUUUUGAUGGCAUUCUCUCUGGCCCUCUCUUCCCCUUUGCUCCUGUGUGUAAGUGUGGCAGGGACUGCAGCCUCACCUCCCACCCUUUGCCUGCAGGCACACCGCCUGCCCCCCCCCCCCCCCCCCGCGCCCGCAAAGGACCCAAGAGGCACAAUUCUGAAAAGUGUGAUGAGCUGCUCAGAAGGUCAGGCUCAGUGUCUGCCUUGCCUUCCAGGUCAGAAGGUUCCCGCAGCCCUGGGGCCAGAACACGUGAUCUCCUUUCCCACUUCUUCCUGAUUCCUUUUGGGGGGAAAUUGCACUAAAGCGGAACCUUUUCAUUUGUAAUCCAUGGUGGAAGGAAGCAGCUCUGAACUCUAGCUGUCCUGGAGUUGACCUGGGUGUACAGCACGUUGGGAACUUAGCAAAUAAGCCCGUCCUCCCAGAUUUUAAUCUAAUCUCUGCCCAUGGCUGUCUCCACUAAACAGUGAGGGAUAAAGAACUGGCAGCCUGGAAAAUCCCAUUGCCCAAGCUCUCGCAGCACCCUGGAGAAAAAUGAGGGAAGGAAUGCUGACUCUCUCUUUCUCUUGUCCUCCCACCCACCCCCAACCCAGUGCCGGGCCUUCUCAGAAGGGGCAAAUGAAACACUAAACCAAACAGCAAGGGCCCGGGGAAAAGGCCAACAUCCAGAAAGGACUGGUGGCAGCCCAGGAAGGUCUCUUGCAGAAGGUGACUUAACUCUUAAUUUUCUUUGAGACUCAGAGCCUUGGAUACUGGAGGAGAAAUCUUAUUUUGUCCAAAGUCUUAGAUCACGUGUUUGUGCAAACAAUCCCCGCUCCCCCCCUCCGCCCCCAGUCAAGAAGACCCCUGAGGCAGGAUGGGCGUCACCUGUAGAAAGGACAGCUAUGGCACGUUGAGGGCUGGCAUCUCACCCAAGCUGCUAAGUGAGUUUCCCAGCCUCACGGUGGCUGGACAGCCCCUGGAACUCAGUAUAUCACUCUGGGAGGUCAGGAGAGCACUAAGAGGUUGGCUUAGAUGAACCCAGGAGACCGUCCCUAAAGGGGCACAAGUCACAGAGCCAGGUCCAUAGCAGCCGCCCAGCUCCACACCUCACAAGAUCUACCCCGAUGAGGUGGCUGCGAGGCGAGGGCCCAUCCCCACCCCCACUGGUCACUGUGGCAGAGCCACCUCCUGGUCUAGCUUCCUCUGGCUUGCUGUCAUUUCCUGCCUACGACUGGUCCCUGGCAGGCCCUACAUUGCCAGAGUGUGAGAGGACAAUUGUGUGUGUCAAAUUGCCACACACACACACACACACACACACACACACACACACACACCCACCCCUGCCCGCUACGUUCAGACCAACCAAACCUUCCCGAGUGUGGUGAGAAUGAGGAAGCAGGCAGGCACCUUGCCUGCCCCGGCCUCCCAGGAGAGAAUAUGUCUCCCGGGGGGAGGCGUCACACUCCAGUUUAGGGUUAUCCACCCUGUCUGCAUGAGAUGAACUGGCUUGGGAGAGGCGUGCUAAGCAAGUUUUUAGUAAGAAGAGUUAAAGUACUGGGGUUGGCAAACGAUUCAGUGACUUACCCUUCAAUAAAUCAGAGAGAGACAGGUUUUCACCCUCAAACACUUGCGUUCAGAUAUGCUUUCUUUUUUGGGAAAGACAAGUGGGUCACAGCUGGAGCCCUGGGAGUAGCAUAUAAUCCAGGGUGUGGCCGUGGCCCUGGAGAUGCAGGAGGAACCCAUCUGUCCUGGUCUGCGAAAGGAAAAAGAUAAUGAAGUUCUGGUCUAAAUUAGGCCUGGCCAUGCUUUCUCAGCUCCUCCCUUUUCUAAAUCUGUCUUCCCGAGGCUGGGCUAGAAUGAAACCAUUUUCUCCUCUCCAGGAAGGAUGGGUAGGUCUUUCCGAGGAACAGGAUUUUUGCAGGCUGAAUUCCCCAGGCAGGGGGGUGCAGAGUAUCCCUGAAAUGGCCCAGGGCAGAGCUCACCGGCUUGCUGUCUCUGUUCCUGCUCUCCCAUGUCGGACCCUCGGGGAGCAGCUAUCUGUACCCGACGUGGGUUUUCUGCUUUGUUUCUGGUAGCACCAGGCUCUGAAGGGAGUUUAUAUAACUUUUGUUUUGAAAGCACCUUUCCGGACAGAGCCAGAGCUUAGGCAGGAGAAAGGGCAGAAAUGAUUUCACUGUCUGCGUGUGGUGGUGUUUGUUUUUGUUUUAAAUGAAAGAAAGACCAAAACUUUCUGUGGCCCAGUGAAUCAGCUGGGGUCUUUGACCCUGCCCUAUCCACGGCAUUUUAUCUAGUGGGGGCCCAGGGAAGAAUUUGGCCAAGCGGAUUGAGGAACACACUUGAAUCCGGAAUGAGAGAAACCCUGACGUUUUUGUGCCCUUGGACCCACUCACCUUCCUAUGCCUAGAUUUCCUUUCUGUCUCAUAGGCCAGGCUCUGACACUGAGGUUCUGACUAUCCCCCCACAAGGGGCAAAGCCUGCUGAGGGCUGGAGUGAGCGGUGGGGAGGGAAGAAUGGGGAUGAAGCACUUGAUGUAGUUGUGUGGAAUAAACAGUAUUUUUCUUUUGUACGGG